GGACUCAGACUGUUACAAGCUUUUGAGCGCUGAGCAUUUGAGGGACUCUAUGAAUUCACUGCAGUACCGGAGGAUUCAGAUUGUACCAUAUCGAAAUUUGAAAUGAUUUGGAACGCGUUGAUGUCAUGUCUUGUAACUGUUGGCUCUUGACCGCACCUUGAUCCUUUCGUUAACGGCAAUCGACCUUCCUCACCCAAUCUCUGUACUGCCUACUUAUUUGGAUAAGAAGUCACAUCUGCAUUUCUUCUUGCGGGGCCAGCUUGCUCAACCAUGGCCGCCGUGCAGGGCUUCCCUCCGCCAUCCCCUUCGUCCUCUGCUUACAAGUUUCCUCGUUCCCACUCGCCGACCAAAGAAGAUCUUCGUCCCAAUGCUCAUCCCUAUCCCAUCAAGACUACUUCCACGGCCGUGCUCUCCCGGUCCAACUCAGUCUCCUCCUCCCCAGCCACAAAGCACCACUACAUCCCUAUCUCACCCUCUCCGAAACGAGAAGCUUCAGCCGACAGCAGCGACGACAAGAGGAAGAAGGAUGACUACCGCGGCCACCGCUAUAGCCGCAGCUUGAGCACCAGUGAAGACCAGCAUGUGCUUCCUGCGCAGCAAGGCCCUCGCGCGCUGCCGGUUCCGCCCAACGUGACCAAUAACAGCAUUGCGGCUAUCAAUGCUGCGGCCAAAGCCAAUGAGCUCGUUGUUUCGCCCAAAAGAUGGACGCCCGAAGAGCUUGCUGCUCAUCUGGGGCAGUCUGUGUCGAAGGAGGCUGGUGAAUGGGCUGCCCGAAGCAGAAUCGGAGGUCGCGCGUUCAUGAAGAUGAGGGAAGAGGAACUAGAGGCAUUGGGGGCGCCCCCGUCGCUCCAACCGGCAGCUCGAGCGCUCCGGCAGGAAGUUCUGCAAGCUCAAUUUGAGUCUACAUCGCCGAUUUCUUCGUCCGAGUCGGGCAGCGAAUUUGAGUUCGGGAGGCGGAAUACCUCACCCACACGACUGUCGCCUACGCGCAGCGCGCCGCUCGCCUCACCCACCCGGCUCUCACCAGCCACGUACGAGGUGGAAGAGCCUCCUUCGAGCGAAGACGAGGGAACACCUCAACACCGCGCAGGGAAAAAGCAGUCACCGCAUAUCCGAGCCAGUGCGGUACCAUUCAUGUCGGAGCCGCAACCGUUGGGAUCGCCAACGUCUCCAUUCGUGGCCAGCCGAAGCGGACGCGUCCGAGGCAUGGUUCGCUCCUUCGAACGCAGCGGCAGCGAGAGUGAUGGGAGCGGAAUAUCGCCAGAGCGCGGAGGGUCUACUUUCCGGCCGCGGCCAAGAACGCACAGCGCCGCGUCGUCCAGCGCAGGUUCAAGCCAAAGCGACAGCCGAGCUAGCGUUCUAUCUAACCGCCCUCUCCCUGUGCGUCCUGACGGCAUCGACAUUGACCUCAAUCUCGGGGCGACAGUGCGAGCUGCACCAGUGAUGGGCGUUCCUCCGACUGUUAGCGAGGAGGAACUCUCGAUGGAAGAAUUACUCGCCCGCCAUCCUGAUUCGGCUACGAAUACACCUCAGGGCACGCCCGGAACCUGGCGGAAACGCAAAGCCAAGGGUCGCCGAUGGGGAGACGAGCCCGAAACGGACGCGCAACCCAUCUCCGCGCAAAGCACAGGAAGACCCCUUCCGCCCCGCCCAGAUCAGAUGCCGACGAAGCGGGGAGGCGUCCACGCAUGGGAAGAUGAGGAUGGCGCGGCUGGAAUGACAGUCAAGAGGGUCGUCAACGGUCCACCUGUUGUUCGCGACGUCUUUGACGGUAGUCCUCUCGUAGCGAUUGAGCCGACCGAUACAGAGCCGACAAACGGGGAGCCAGUAAAUGCGGAAGAACCGGCCAACACCGAACUGCGCAUCGCCCGAGUCAAAGCCGAGUGUGACGCAGCCGCCGACCGUGGCAGGACCCGGGGUCUGGCUGUCCGCACUCAACUCGAGGAGGCUGCCAAACUGCGCGGACUGGUCGAUGUCUUCCGCAUGCGGCUGGAGGAGGUGGAGAGGCGUGUUGCCCAGAUGGAGGCAAACGAAGAGACCAGAAAGCGUAAAGAGGAAGAUGCACUGAAACUGAGCACGAGAAAGAUCGAGCAGCGGGAUGAGCCCAAGGCGACGACCCUGAUCCAACGUCUGGACCCUCGACGGAUUCUCUCGCUUUUCAGCGUCGUUGAUGAUCCUCGGAAAGAUGUGGGACCGACGACCAUCAUCGGCCUCCCGUCUUACGUACUCCUGGUUGGGAUUGGCGUGUGCGCUGUCGUCUUGAGGGUCCUGGUGAAGAAAGGACUACGACGGUAG